ACAUCAAAAGAAGUCGAAAAAAAUUAGCCGUCCAGGCAAAAACAAAUGGUUCCUGUUGUAAACUUCGGUCCAACUAAAAUGGAGGAGAAAACUAACAAACUCGUUUCCCCUCACCCCAACUACUCCCGAAAGCAAACCAAACAUGGCACUCAACGUAAGAAGUUCCUACAAGGCUACAACUAACUCUGCUUAUUUCCUAUUCCUAUUCCUCAAUAUAAUAUCUUUCUCCCCAUUCCCAUUGGUGCUUCUCUCUUGACUUUCUCUCUCCCUCCCUCCUCUUUCUCCAGGAACUACUGAUAAUUAGUGAGGUUUUUCUUUUCUUUCUUUAAAUUUAAAGUAGUUCUACUUAGUUGAUUGGCGAAGGCAAGAAGAUGGACAAUGGUUCUCAUGGAGAGGAUUAUUCUUCUAAUGAUGAGGGCACAGAUCAUCACAAUCUUUUUUCCUCCAUCAUCCAGGUCAAGGCUGAUGCUGGACCACCUGCCUCCUUGACAUGGCAAAGAAAACUAAGCAGUGAAGGAAAUGCUCCUGUAGAGUUCAGGCCGAAAUUGCAUGAGAUGAUUCACAUGGCUCCAUUAGGAAUUCGGCUCUGGCGUCAUGUCAAACAAGAAAUCUCUAAAGGACAUGUGGCUGUGAUAGAUCCUUUCAACAAGCGCCUUGUCACAGCUUGUCAUGGUGUUCCUUUAGGUGGUAUUGGUGCAGGAAGCAUCGGAAGAAGUUAUAAAGGGGAGUUUCAACGUUUCCAACUAUUUCCUACAAUAUGUGAAGAUGAACCUGUUUUAGCAAAUCAAUUUUCUGUAUUCGUUUCUCGUUCAAGUGGUGAAAGAUAUUCCUCUGUAUUGUGCCCAAAGCCCACAUAUGUAUCACUGGACAGCACAGCUUCUGGCAUUGGAUCUUGGGAUUGGAACAUGGAGGGAAAGAGUUCUACAUACCAUGCCUUAUUUCCAAGGUCAUGGACUGUUUAUGAAGGUGAACCUGAUCCAGAACUUAAGAUAACUAGCCGUCAGAUUUCACCCUUCAUUCCUCACAAUUAUAAAGAGAGUAGCUUGCCUGUAGCAGUAUUUACAUUCACGGUAUUCAACUCGGGGAACACUGAUGCAGAUGUUACUUUGCUAUUCACAUGGGCUAACUCUGUGGGCGGGAACUCUGGAGACUCUGGUAAACAUAUCAAUUUAAAGAUGGCGACAAAAGAUGGGGUGCGUGGAGUACUUCUACAUCACAACACUGAUAAUGGGAAACCUUCAGUGACAUUUGCCAUAGCUGCUCAAGAGAAAGCUGAUGUCAAGGUCUCUGAGUGUCCUCAUUUCUUGAUAUCUGGAGAGUCAGAAGGUUUCACGGCAAAAGAUAUGUGGAAUGAAAUUAAAGAGCAUGGUUCCUUCGACAAUCUUGCUUUUGAUGAGAUGUCAAUGCCUUCAGAGAGAGGAUCUUCUGUUGGAGCUGCCAUAUCAGCUUCUUUGACUCUUCCACCAAACACUAGCCGAACUGUCACUUUUUCAUUAGCAUGGGCCUGCCCUGAAGUAAGAUUUUCAAGUGGGAAUACUUAUCACAGGCGAUACACGACGUUUUACGGAAGUCAUGGUAAUGCAGCGGCAACUAUUGCACGUGAUGCUAUUCUCGAACAUCACCAGUGGGAGUCUCAGAUAGAAGCAUGGCAAAGGCCUAUUCUUGAAGAUAAACGGCUUCCUGAAUGGUACCCUGUAACAUUAUUCAACGAGCUUUACUAUCUUAAUGCUGGAGGAACAAUUUGGACGGAUGGAUCACUUCCCUUGCAGAGUCUAGUAACUAUUGCAAAAAGAAAGUUUUCCCUUGAUAAAUCAGAUACCACAACCGUAAACUCUGAAAAUAAUAUUGCAGUCGAUAUCCUUGAACGUAUGACAACAGUACUUGAGCAAAUACACUUACCAGUUGCAUCAAAUUCUGCUUUUGGACCAACUUUGCUUGAAAAAGGAGAAGAGAACAUUGGCCAAUUCCUUUAUCUUGAAGGGAUUGAAUAUCACAUGUGGAACACUUAUGAUGUCCAUUUCUACUCAUCUUUUGCCUUAAUCAUGCUUUUCCCAAAACUUGAACUCAGCAUACAAAGAGACUUCGCAGCGGCUGUGAUGAUGCAUGAUCCUGAAAGAGUGUUAAUAUUAGAUGAUGGGAAAUCGGCCCCAAGAAAGACUCUCGGUGCUGUACCUCAUGAUCUUGGACUGAAAAAUCCAUGGUUUGAAGUAAAUGCUUAUAGCUUUUACAAUACAGAUAGGUGGAAAGAUUUAAAUCCUAAAUUUGUUCUUCAAGUAUAUAGGGAUGUGGUUGCAACAGGUGACAAAUCAUUUGCACAAGCAGUUUGGCCUGCCGUGUAUAUCGCAAUGGCCUAUAUGGACCAAUUCGAUAAGGAUGGAGAUGGGAUGAUUGAGAAUGAAGGGUUUCCAGAUCAAACUUAUGAUGUAUGGUCAGUUUCUGGGGUGAGUGCUUAUAGUGGAGGCCUGUGGGUUGCGGCUUUGCAAGCUGCUUCAGCCUUGGCGCGUGAAGUAGGUGACAAGGCUUCAGAGGAGCAUUUUCUGCUCAAAUUUCAGAAGGCGAAAUCUGUAUAUAAUGAUCAAUUGUGGAAUGGUUCAUAUUUUAAUUACGACAAUAGUGGUGGCAGUUCGAGUUCGUCAAUUCAAGCUGAUCAGUUGGCUGGGCAAUGGUAUUCUCGAGCGUGCCAAUUAUCGCCAAUUGUUGACGAGGACAAAGCACAGAGUGCACUUGAGAAAGUGUAUAAUUUUAACGUGUUAAAGGUUAAGGAUGGAAAACGAGGGGCUGUAAAUGGGAUGCGACCAGAUGGGAAAGUAGAUAUGACAGCGAUGCAGUCAAGAGAAAUAUGGACCGGGGUCACUUAUGCUGUGGCUGCAACUAUGAUUCACGAAGGCCUAGAGGAAAUUGGAUUUAAUACCGCAAGCGGUGUUCAUGAAGCUUCAUGGUCACUUGAAGGGCUUGGGUACUCUUUUCAAACUCCUGAAGCUUGGGAUACUGACGAUAGGUAUAGAUCUUUGGCUUAUAUGAGGCCAUUAGCUAUAUGGGCAAUGCAAUGGGCUUUAUCUCCACCAAAGCUAUUCAGAGAAGCAGAAAAGAUUGGAGGAGAGCCAAAAGCAAAGAAAGAUCCUUCACUCCUCUUCAAUAACCAUGAUGGAUUUUCUAGAGUUGCAAAUCUAUUAAAAGUGCCAGAAGAGAAAGAUACUCGAAGCUAUGCCCAAACUUUUUAUGAUUACACCUGCAGGAGAAAAAAGAUAUGAUUAUAAUCAGCAACACUGAAGCUGAUUUAUAUUCUUAGUUAUAUUGAUAAUUGCUAUUCAAAAUUAAAAGAAAAAGAGACAAAUUGUAUAGAACGAUUAAAAAUUGAUGUGUCUACUUAAAUAAUUCCGAAAUUAAUAUAACACUACUUGGUAAUUGGUAUCAAAAUCAAUUAGCCUAAUUUUGUA